GGACAAAGGGAGGACAAGACAAAGACUCAAGAGAGUGAGUGGUGUUACUUUUUUUCCUUUUUUCCGUAUAGCUCAUAACCACAUACUCUUUUCUCGCACUUGGGUGGUCAGAUGACAAUAAUUGAUAAUCGAACCUCCCACAGAGUUUCAUUCGACCUAAUAAAUGACAAGAAUGAUUUCAGUAAUUUAUCCAGCAACCCCCCUCCCAAUUCUCCGAGAUAUAAAAGCAUAGGGAACACACACAUGCAUACAAGAGCUAGCACAAAAGUUGAUCAAAUGGCGCAACCUAAUCUCAAUGAGACGAGCUCAUCAAAUUUUCACAUAGCCAUGUUCCCAUGGUUUGCAAUAGGACACGCCAUCCCUUUCCUUCACCUCUCCAACGAGCUCGCAGCAAGAGGCCAUAAAAUCUCUUUCUUGCUGCCUAAAAAAGCUCAGAUUCAGAUUCAACAUCUCAACCUCCACCCACAACUCAUCGCCUUUUGUUCAGUCACUGUUCCUCACAUUGAAGGCCUCCCUGAGGGCACUGAGACUGCCUCUGACAUCCCAACAUCUUCGACCGCCUUGCUAGCGACUGCCAUGGACCGCACCCGUCAGCAAAUAGAAGGCUUCCUAGUAAGUUGUGGUGCCAAUGAUCGUAAAAUCGAUAUGAUUUUCUAUGACUUUGCUCAUUGGGUACCAGAAAUUACAAGAGGGCUUGGAAUUAAGUGCAUUAACUAUGGCGUUCUUUGUGCUGCGACAACUGCGAUGGCUAUUGUGCCAGCACGAAAUGUGCCCAAAGAUAGGCCUGUGACUGAGGAAGAUCUACGGGACCCACCUCCUGGGUACCCGUCAUCAACUGUGGUAAUGCUUCCUGGUCGCGAAGUCCAGUCUUUGAUGUUCAUUACGAUGCCGUAUGGAGAUGGGAUCACUUUUUAUGAGCGGCUCAUGACCUCUAAGAAAGGAUGUGACGCGUUAUCCACGUGCUCAAGUGUCACACAAAGUAAAGGAAAUAGAUUCUCUCCUAGACUUGGAUUUACAAACAAAGAAAGUUCACAACUAUUAACCAAGGUAUGCAAGAAUCUCACAAUUAGAGAAGAAAAUGGAUGGUUUUCAAAGGAGAGCUUGAGCAAAGCCGUUACCAUUGUUAUGGAUAAAGACAAUGAGGUGGGUGUUACGGUGAAGAAGAACCAUGCAAAGUGGAGAAAAAUCCUAUCUGACCCAGGGCUUAAGAGUGGCUAUGUUGAUAAGCUUGUCCAGGAUCUGACAGAGCUCUGUAAUAAUGGGAAAUAACUUUCGCUCCUUGCACCAAGAAAAAACUUUGUAUUGUUGUUAUAUUUGCUACAAUACAAAUAAGGGAAUAAAAGCUGAUUUUCAGUACUGUUAAUAGUGCUGAUAUAUUAAUGUUGGUACCCCUAUUUUUGGGUUCUAACCAUAACAUUUCUAAUUUUCAACUAUGUAGAUCCACUCUUAAUCGGAUCAUUAGGAAUUCAUUAAAUUGAUAAUGUCUCCAUCACAACA